AUGUUUAGACAUAUAAACAAGCUUAAAGGCGCACAUGCUCUAAGAAGAUUUGCCACUGCGUCCAAUACUCGUCUGACCGUUCUUCCCAACGGAAUGACAGUGGCGACAGAACAAAUCCCACACACUUUGACUGCCACUGUUGGUGUUUGGAUUGAUGCAGGCUCCCGUGCAGACGUUACGGACAAGACCUCUGGUACUGCGCAUUUUCUCGAACAUUUGGCGUUCAAAGGUACCAAAAACAGAACACAAGUGCAACUCGAAAUGGAAGUUGAAGAUUGCGGAUCCCAUUUAAACGCAUACACUUCAAGAGAGAAUACCGUUUAUUAUGCGAAAACCAUGAAGGACGAUAUUCCACGUGCUGUUGACAUAUUAAGCGACAUUCUAACUAGAUCCAAACUUGAGAAAAUGGCCAUUGAAAGAGAGAGGUCGGUGAUUAUCCGGGAAUCUGAAGAAGUUGAUAAGAUGUAUGACGAAGUUGUAUUCGACAGACUACAUGAGGUAGUCUAUCUAAACCAACCACUAGGUCGGACUAUCUUGGGUCCUAUAAAGGCCAUCAAGACGAUCCAACAAGGCGAUUUACAGAAAUAUAUCUCGACAAACUACAAGGGAGAUCGUAUGGUUUUAGUUGGUGCUGGAUGUGUCGAUCAUGAUGAAUUGGUAAGGUUAGCACUUGAGAACUUUGGCCAUGUUCCAAUCAGUGAUAAGCCAACACCAUUAGGACAAACAAAAUACGGUACUGAAUUGCCGGUUUUUCAUAGUGGACAUGUCCAUGUUGCAGAUAGUUCUCUUCCACAUCUUCAUAUUGCAGUUUCAUUGGAAGGCUGUUCUUGGUCUCACAAAGAUUACUUUACUGCACUAGUUGCGCAAGCUAUUGUAGGUAAUUGGGAUCGUGUUGGGUCUGCUGCUAAUAGCGGAACCCCAUUAUCGUAUGCUGUAUCCAACAAUGGGUCUCCCUUGGCCAACUCCUACAUGUCUUUCUCUACCUCAUACGCAGAUACCGGUUUGUGGGGAAUGUACAUUGUAAUGGACAAAACUGCAGAUGUCAACAAGAUGCUUGCUGCCGUUGCAAGAGAAUGGAGACGUGUUGCCGAUGGUGGAUUCACCGAUGCAGAACUCGAAUCCGCAAAGGCACAACUCCGUGGCUCUCUACUUCUGUCUCUCGACGGUACUACAGCGAUUGCUGAAGACGUUGGUCGUCAGCUUGUCACAACCGGCCAACGUCUAACCCCUGACGAGCUUGUUCAACGGGUGGACAAGGUCGACCGUGCCGGCGUCGAAAAAUGGAUUCGUGAUACUCUUGCUAGCGGGAAAAUUGCAACUGCGAUACUAGGUGGAGAACCUGCCCGCAAGGACCUUGAUGCUGUCAACACCAAGUUCCUUGAAAUGGUCAAUUGA